AUGCCUACGGUCCACCUGCUUGACUAUGUUGCCGGGAAUAUUCGUUCUUUGGUGAAUGCGAUUAACAAGGUUGGAUAUGAGGUGGAAUGGAUUAGAUCGCCCAGCGAUAUAGAAAAAGCAGAGAAACUGAUAUUGCCUGGAGUUGGCCAUUUUGGCCAUUGUCUAACUCAAUUGUCGGAUGGUGGCUAUCUAGAGCCCAUUAGACAGCACAUCAACUCUGGAAAACCGUUCAUGGGGAUUUGUGUCGGUCUCCAAGCUCUCUUCAAUGGCUCUGAAGAAAACCCCGAUGUCUCCGGUAUCGGAUUGAUACCGAUGAAGAUGCAGAAAUUUGACGACAAGUCGAAAAGUGUUCCACAUAUCGGGUGGAAUUCCGCUUUGGGCACCAAUGAAGCGAACGCGGAUCGGCAAGCCUUCUACGGCUUAAGACCCAACAGCAAAUAUUAUUAUGUGCACUCAUAUGCAGCUAUGUACGAACCUGGGUUCCUUGAGAAGGAAGGCUGGUCGGUAGCCACGGCAACUUAUGGCGAGGAGAGAUUCAUUGGAGCUAUUGGUCGAGAAAACAUACUCGCAACGCAAUUCCACCCGGAAAAAAGCGGACAAGCCGGGCUACGGACACUGCGUGCUUUUUUGAAUGGCGAUUAUUUACAAUCUUUUACCGAGGCCAUGCAUCUUGAGCCCCGGGGUGAUGGAUUGACUCGCCGGGUCAUUGCGUGCCUCGAUGUCCGCACAAACGAUGACGGGGACCUUGUGGUUACUAAGGGCGAUCAGUACGACGUUCGAGAGAAGAGUGGCUCUGAUGCUGGCGGUCAGGUCAGAAACCUGGGAAAACCAGUGGAUAUGGCAAAAAGAUAUUAUGAGCAAGGUGCCGAUGAGGUUACAUUCCUCAACAUUACAUCCUUCAGAAACUGUCCGCUGGCCGACACACCCAUGCUUGAGAUCCUCAGAAGAACAUCAGAGACUGUUUUUGUGCCUCUAACAAUUGGAGGUGGUAUCAAGGAUACAGUCGAUACCGAUGGGACGAAAGUCCCCGCUCUUGACGUGGCAACCAUGUACUUCAAAUCUGGUGCCGAUAAAGUGAGCAUUGGUUCGGAUUCUGUUUUCGCUGCCGAAGAAUAUUACUCGCGCGGAGGCAAGUUAUCAGGCGACACAGCCAUAGAGACUAUUUCUAAUGCAUAUGGGAAACAAGCCGUGGUUGUGAGCGUUGACCCUAAACGCGUUUAUGUUGACAGACCAGAGGACACACCUCACCACACAAUCAAGACAGCCUACCCUAAUCAAGCAGGUCAAACCUUUUGCUGGUAUCAAUGUACCGUCAAAGGUGGGAGAGAAACUCGUGACCUUGACGUUCGACAACUUGUCAAAGCGGUAGAAGCCAUGGGUGCUGGCGAGAUUCUCCUCAACUGCAUCGACAAGGAUGGAAGUAAUAGUGGAUUUGACCUGGAGCUUAUCAAUGAUGUUAAAGCAGCCAUCAAAAUCCCUGUGAUCGCCUCGAGCGGUGCAGGGGUUCCUGAACACUUCAGCGAUGUUUUCAAUUACACAUCUACGGAUGCAGCUUUGGGAGCUGGCAUGUUCCACCGUGGUGAAUACACCGUCAGCCAAGUCAAGGACUAUUUGGCUAGCAAGGGGUUUCUUGUUCGUAAAUUUGAAAGCAGCUGA